AUGAGUGAUGGAUUUUGCGGUACUCAUUUGCAGAUCAUGGUUAGGACUAGAGGAUUAGGUCGUGCCUUAGGUCAGGUCACUGACAGAGGUGUGGGCAGAAGAGAUCGUGAUGAUUCCGAUGAUGCUCCACAGCGUCGACGGCUUACUCCAUCCGCACGGAGGCAGCGAGUCGCUGUGACUGCGGCGCACGAUGAGCUAGUCAUCCUUGCGCCAGAUGUUCAGGAUGACCCGAUGGAGGCACCAGCUGCUGUAGAGGACAUUCUUGCGGACACAGGCGCAAAGGUUGCUAAGGAUGAGCAUGAGGGAUUUCUGGGUGGAGUAUCCUCAAUUGAAGCUAUCCUCUCAUGGGAGGAAGGUCCACAGUUUAGGCAGCCAGUCCCUGCCAAUGAGGGACUUGUUGCUGGUACAGGACUAAGUCUUCUAAUCGCGUGUUCGGUAGACACCGGCGAUCGAGGACUUUUGUCUGCGUUUGUGGAGCAGUGGCACCGGGAGACGUCUAGUUUCCAUCUCCCGGUGGGAGAGCUCACCAUCACGUUGGACGACGUCUCCUCGCUUCUCCAUCUUCCCGUGAUUGGCGACUUACACGCUUUUGAGCCCUUGCACGUGGACGAUGCGGUUCAGAUGCUGGUGGACUUGUUGAUGGUCUCUCUAGAGUCUGUUUGGGCUGAGACAGCCCAGUGUCGUGGACUGUACGUACGCCUGCAAUGGGUACGUGAUAUAUAUGAGCGCCGAUGCCAUGCAGGUCAUUGGACAGCUACGGCUCGCACAUAUCUUUUUCACCUUCUGGGUUGCACUCUGUUUGCUAACAAGAGUGCAACCAAUGUCCAUGUUGUCUACUUGGAGGCCCUUCAUGACCUCAGUAUGACAAAGAGGUACGCUUGGGGAGUAGAUGCUUUGGUGCAUAUGUACGACUAG